GUAUCAGUGCCUCCAUCCCGAGGUUUUAAACCCGGUAGCGUGUGAGCGGCAGCUUCUUUGUGUCUGUUGGUGCUGCAAUCGGAGGAUGUCAUUCUUCGUAAGCCUCAUCGGGAUCUGUGCAAUUACUGCUCUUCUGCUAGCAGCAUUUGCUCCAUAUAUCAGGAGGUGUGCUGCUGGUGGUGUGUGUACAUCUAAUGCAAGGCUACAUGGGAAAACUGUGGUGAUUACAGGGGCAAACACUGGCAUUGGAAAGGAAACUGCCAGAGAUCUGGCACAGCGAGGUGCUCGAGUAAUAUUAGCCUGCAGAGAUUUGACCAAAGCAGAAGCUGCAGCCCAAGAUAUUCGUGAAGACACUGGAAAUAAACAAGUCAUUGUUCGAGAACUGGAUUUAGCCAACACCAGAUCCAUAUACCAGUUUGCUGAAAAUAUCGUUAAAGAGGAAAAGGUGCUCAACAUUUUAAUCAACAACGCUGGAGUGAUGAUGUGCCCCUUCAUGAAGACGUCUGAUGGGUUUGAGAUGCAGUUUGGUGUAAAUCACCUUGGACAUUUCUUAUUGACCUUCCUGCUUCUCGAUCUCCUUAAAAACUCAUCACCUGCUCGUAUUAUUAACGUUUCAUCCUUGGCUCAUUUCCUUGGCCGAAUCAAUUUUAAGGAUUUGCAGAGUGAAAACAGUUAUGAUGGGGGUCUGGCCUACUGCCAGAGUAAACUAGCCAACAUACUGUUCACCCGGGAACUGGCCAAGCAUCUGAAAGACACCAAAGUCACAGUGAACUCUGUGCAUCCAGGCUGUGUCAGAUCAGAACUAACCAGACACUCCAGCUGUUUGGCUGUGGUAUGGAAGAUUCUCACUUUUCUCAUCAAAACACCUAAAGAAGGUGCUCAGACCAGCAUAUACUGUGCAGUCACUGAAGAACUGGAUGAGGUUUCUGGCAAACAUUUCAGUGAUUGCCAACCGGCAUCUGUGGCUCCACAGGGUAAAAAUGACGAAACCGCCAAAAAAUUAUGGGAUGUCAGUUGCAAGCUUCUUGGAAUUCAGUGGGACUGAAUUCUCAAAAGAUGAAAACGGAAGGAAGCCAAGAACGAGGUUGAUUCUUUCUGACUCUGAGUGAACUUUAAUCAAGUUGACAUGUAUCAUUUAGUGUAACCUUCAGCAGCCAUAUCUUUGAUAGUUUGCCAAAACAGUUAAAUGGAAUCAUGACACUUAUCCACUUAGGUGACAAUCAAUUUGGAGACCGUCACACUGAAAUUUCAGACAGAUUCAAAGCACCAAAUUUGCUAGUUUGCUCUGUUUCUUGGUUUCACAUGCAGAAUGUGAGACUUCAAUAAGUUUUAUCAUUCAUCGAGUGAAUUUAUAGAUUGCCAGCUAAUGUACUGUUUACUUAGGGACACUGGAGAUAGAAAGCUUGGAGAUUGGAGCAAUUCACAACAUGCUUGGAACUCCAUGGUGCUCCAUGUCAUUUGACAAGGAUGACUUUUUUUUUUAAAAAAGUCAAAUAAAAAUGCUAAAUGUUUGGGCAACAUUAGUUUUAAUACUUAAAUUUAAAAUCACUACAAUGACAUGAUAAAAAUUAAACUCUUCAGAGGGGAGGGGAAAAUGUAUUUGAUGCACUUC